CACUCACUCACCCCACAGCUGUUCAUGUUCUAUUUCAACUCUUCCCUUUUCUUGAAUUUGCCACAUGGAAGACAGUCUUUACGAAGUCUGUAGCUAUGGGUUUAAUUACAGGACUGUUUGCCAUUUUAUACCAUCUUCCGCGGAUUUAUAAAUGGUUCUUUCGACCCUAUUAUUUCAUUUCAUUGCUCAUGACGCUGGCCUUUCCAGUCGUCCGGUGCUGCCCAGGACUGUGCGAGAAUUUACCGUCCCAAAGAGAGGACGCCAACUCAUGCGCCUUUGACUGGAGGGAGAUGGAGAUUUUAAUGUUUCUCAGUGCAAUUGUCAUGAUGAAGAAUCGAAGAGCUAUAACUCUGGAGCAACAUAUAGGGAAUAUAUUUCUCUUCAGUAAGGUGGCUAAUGUGGUGUUGUUCUUUCGAGUAGACCUGAGACUUGGCCUUCUCUACCUUACACUGUGUGUGGUGUUCCUGAUUGCAUGUAAACCACCAAUCUACAUGGGCCCUGAGUACAUCAAAUACUUCAGUGACACAACCAUAGAUGAAGAACUGGAAAGAGACAGUCGAGAGGCAUGGAUUGUUGAGUUUUAUGCCAACUGGUCUCCAGAGUGUCAGUCAUUUGCCCCCAUUUUUGCUGACCUGUCGCUUAAGUAUAACUGCUUAGGCCUCAAAUUUGGGAAAGUGGACAUUGGACAAUAUGGAGCAGUAGCAGAGAGGUAUAGGGUAAACCCCUCCCCACUCUCCAAACAGCUGCCCUCCUUGUUGCUGCUACAGGGUGGACGAGAGCUUAUGCGUCGCCCUCAAGUGGACAUGAAGGGAAGAGCCAUUGCCUGGACUUUCACAGAGGAAAAUAUAAUUCGAGAGUUCAACCUAAAUGAGAUAUUCCAAAAGUACAAGAAACUCUCAAAGGGAGAGAAGACUGAGGAACCAAAGACACUCCUGCAGGAGGGUCCAGUUGAAAAGGAACCAGUCGGCUCACAUGAGGAGGAGGAACCAGAGAGCAAAAAAGAUAAAUGAGAAAUGAGACACAGAAUCUGAUGGAAUUCAUUCAGCAAUGGUGAAGUUAUGGAAAAUGUGCUGUGCUAUCUAGAGUAUAUCUACAGUAUUAUAUAUUUGGAUGAAGGUUUUAAUAAAUAGUAUCUAAAACUUAAAACAUGUAUAUGUCACAUGUAUGCUUCAUUUGUAAAAGACUACAAUAAGUUGUUUUUCCAUUGGAACACUAUAAGAGUAAGAAAUGUCAUAUUUAUUUUGAUGCUUUACUGUCAUAUUUUCUGGCUUUUUUUAUCAUUACUAGAUAUAUUCUUUAUUAUAUAUAUCAAUAAUAUGAGCUAUAUUGCUGUAACUUUUAUAAACAAUAAAAGUAGAUCAUUUUGGGGGUGUAGAGUAUCAGGGUACAGAUGCCUACUGAUUUGAUUGACACUGUCAUUAUGUACAUUUAGCUCAAAACCUGAUUUUUUUUUUUUAAUGCUUUAAGACUUUAAUGUCUUAGGAUGGCUCAGUAUAUAUGAACAAAUAAAAAAGAAGGGAAGAGCUAUUGCGUGCUUCAGGAUAAAGACUGUGUGUGAAAUGUGAACAAAUAUAUCAAAUCAAUGCUCUGGAAAACACAUCACUUGAUCAACAACCUUCAGCAGAAAUGUAUUUAAAGUUCAUCUCAGCAAUCUUUGGCUCAUUGCAUUGUUGAUGACAUAUCUGUGUCACAAUCAAACCUCUAGUACUUAUAAAAGGGGCUUUUAUCCUCACUUUUUCCAUACAUCAUAGUCUUUCCUUGAAGCUCAUUCAACAUGUUAUUGGUGAUGAAAUUACAUGUUGAUGGAAAUAUCUCUGCAUGUGCUGUGCCACAGAUUCGCUUUCUUUGUGCCCAGGCCGAAAUCCUAUUAAGAGGAUGAAAUCCUAUGAACAGAACAUCUGAGCAGCUGAAGCAGACUCACC